GCACCAUCCCAAUGUAUCAAGUAGUAUUAGUUAAAAGCUUCCCAAGUUUUUCCCAUGUCAAAAAUGGGGUAAUCAGCAAUCAUAAAUUUACAAAAAUUAGCUCAAUCAUCCUCAUCGGAAUCGGGUCGUACAGAUUGCUCAAAUUCUGAAUCCAUUAAAGACCCAACUGAAUCUUUCGAUAUAUAUAGAGUAUAUCCUGAAUUCCUGAUAUAGAAUCAUAAUCAGUCUCCUUAUCACAUUGUACAUCAUCCGAGUACAGAGAAUACAAAGGUUUAUCGGCGGAAGCAUUUCAAUACGAGCUGUUUACAGGUGUUUUAAGUGUUCUGGUUUGAAGGCUAUUUUAGUCCAAAUUUACAUUUCACUUACAAAUUCGGGGACAAAAUUUCCCGAGAAAGAAGGCAAGUCGUCAAAAGCCCAACCCAAAAAAUUCUCAAAUCUUCACCACCGCCACCCUCCUCCCCUCUCCGCCGAUUCCCUUUUCAUGUCUUAGUCGCCGAUCAGCAACCUUCAUGAACCGCCACCAUCGCCAUAGCUUCUAACUUCAUCAAUGGCGUUGAGAUCAACUGGACGCAAGGUCUCAUUUGACAUUCUCUCAACUUCCAUCCUAGACGACGAUCGCGAUUACGAUUACGAUUCCUCCACCGCGACUCUCCUUCGAUCCAAUUCCGAUCCUCCUCCUCAGCUUCUGCCUAACGAUGACGCCACAAGCCCUACCGGAAACCGCAAGAGGAAGAAGAAAAAGAAGAAGCACAAGAGAAUCGCUGAGCACUCCACAAUUUCCGAAUAUUCCGUCACGGACGAGCAGCUAGGCCGCUCAUCCUCCGUCGGGGAUUUUAACGGUUACUGUUACAGUGUUGCUCAGAGCAGCAGUGUUGUGGUAUGUGAGGAACCUGUUACGCUGCCGAAGCCUGAGAGUAAUUGUUCAGUGAGUUCAGUUUCUGGACUUCCGUUUGGGGAGUUGAGGCAAAGAAAUGUUAUGGUCAAUGGAGUGACCGAAGAGAGUGUCGGAUCACCACAGAUUAGUGUGAGAGAAAGUGAGAGUGUUGUUAAGGAAUUGGAAUCAAGGUCAAAUUCGAGAGUCGAAGUGAAUGUGAAUAUGAAUGGGGUUGCAGGGAGGAGUUUGGAGAAGGAAGCGUCUUUAGAUUGGAAGAAGUUGAUGGCUGAAGAUCCCAAUCAAACAUUUCCGGUGGAUAAGUCACCAAUGAAGUGCUUCAUGGAAGAGAUGUAUGCGGGUAAUUCCUUAAGGAGUACAGUUGCCCGCGGGGAUGAGAAAGAGCGGCAAAGAGUUUAUGAUACCAUAUUUCGCUUACCAUGGCGAUGUGAGCUGCUUAUUAAUGUUGGCUUUUUUGUCUGCUUUGAUUCAUUCCUGUCACUGCUAACUGUCAUGCCAACGAGGAUAAUCAUGAUCUGCUGGAGGUUUCUGAAUACAAGGUUGGUAUUUCAUGCUUCACUCUUCCUUUGUUCUUUGAACUUGAAAUGAUUUUUUGGGAUCUGC